AUGAUGGUGGACCUCACGCAACAUCCUCUGAAGGGCGUAUAUGCGCUGGGCGCUUUGGGCUUCGAGCUCGUGCGCUUCCCUCUAUACAUUGUCAAGUUCCUCGUCUUCGGCCGCCAGCACCCGAGCUGGACCUUUCGGCAGGCCCUCACUGUACACGCCUUCUUCUCCGGGCUAUGGCACGUUGCGAAAGUGCAAGUCAAAACGCCGCUGCCUCUCACACCGGAUCAAGAGAAGGAGCGAUUCGUAGUCAUUAAGCCGGCAAAGAAUGAAUCAUACAAAGGGCCCUUGAGGAGCAACAAGGACGUUGUGCCAGUGGAAAUUGGUGCGACGUGGUAUCCUGCACCGCUGGGUACGGGUAGCGACAAGGCUAGGAUCAAGGUCGUGCUUCACUUACAUGGUGGAGCUUUCGUCACGGGAGAUGGACGGACGGCAGCCAGCGGGGCUAUGGCAAAGAAGCUUCUGAAAUACACUCCCGCCACGCACAUCUUCUGCCCGCAGUACCGCCUCUCCACGUUGCCUGUCUCGAAGACAUCGAACCCGUUCCCAGCCGCUCUCCAAGACAGCGUCACAGCAUACCUGUACCUCCUGAACGACCUCAAGAUACCCCCUCAAAACAUCAUACUUUCGGGAGACUCAGCAGGCGGCAAUCUAUCCAUCGCGCUUCUACGCUACAUCUCCGACUACGGUUCCGACAUUGGUCUGCCCGCACCCUCUGCAGCGCUUCUUUGGUCGCCCUGGACCAACCCAGCCGAUACCUCCGGAUCAUACGUUUAUGACAACAGGAAUUAUGCUACAGACUACCUUUCUCCGCCCUUCACAUCAUGGGGCACCACGGCAUAUGCUGGUGAAGCUGGCGAGCAGGUCCUGUCACAGCCAUACAUUUCGCAGAAGAACCGGACAUUCAAGACAGAGGUACCCAUGUGGGUCAACGCAGGCGGUGGAGAGAUACUGUACUUUGAUAUCGUUGAAUGGGCUGAGAAAAUGAAGGAAGCAGGUAACAAUCUGCAGCUUGAUAUCGAAGAGCAUGUUCCACACGAUAUCCUGCUCUUGGGUCACAUCUUGGGUUUCGAACAAGAGGCUAUAAAUAUGGCUAGGCGAGCAGGCGAAUGGAUGAAAGAGCAGAAGAUCUCUGCCAACUUGCUGAAUAGGCGGAGUGACGGGGCUACAGACUGGCCGGGAUAUGGAUCGCCAAGUCGAAGUCAUAAUAAUUCUGGACACUACUAUCUAGGCAACUGCAGUCAUCGGAACCAUCUCAGUUCAGAUCAUGGCAAUGAAUUGCAGUUUCUUCACCUCAUCUUCUAG